UGCUGUGAUGUGACAAUGACUAAAAAUUUUUCUAUUUGUAGGCUUAUUCUAGUAUUUACUGUGCUUCUUCUCUUAAACAGAGCUGAACUUUAUCGGGCCUCAGGGAAGUUUGAGCUACUAGAUCGCAUCCUACCAAAGUUACGAGCUACAAACCAUCGUGUGCUUCUUUUCUGUCAAAUGACAUCACUCAUGACCAUUAUGGAAGACUAUUUUGCCUUUCGAAACUUCCUCUACUUGCGUCUUGAUGGCACAACAAAAUCAGAAGAUAGAGCUGCUCUCUUGAAGAAGUUCAACGAGCCUGGGUCACAAUACUUUAUCUUCUUGCUGAGUACAAGGGCUGGAGGGCUAGGCUUGAAUCUCCAGGCUGCUGAUACUGUUAUAAUCUUUGAUAGUGACUGGAAUCCUCACCAGGACUUGCAGGCACAAGAUAGAGCUCACCGAAUUGGUCAGCAGAAUGAAGUUCGAGUUUUGCGACUCUGCACUGUGAACAGUGUGGAAGAGAAGAUUCUUGCUGCUGCCAAGUAUAAGUUGAAUGUAGAUCAAAAAGUUAUUCAGGCCGGAAUGUUUGAUCAGAAGUCUUCAAGUCAUGAAAGAAGGGCUUUUCUACAGGCUAUACUGGAGCAUGAGGAAGAAAAUGAGGAGGAAGAUGAAGUUCCUGAUGAUGAGACUCUGAAUCAGAUGAUAGCCCGACGCGAGGAGGAAUUUGAUCUCUUUAUGGUGGGCAUGAUAUGAUCAUAUGCAGUAUAU